ACGCUGUGUAUAAACGAAGCGACUUGUUCAGAAGUGUGCGUCUGGUCUGUGGUUCAUCUGAAGGUUUUAUGCUGCGAGCCGAGGUGAAGAACAACAGCAGAGAUGAAGAAGAUUAUUAUCCUGGCUUUUUCUGUUUGGUCAUGUCAGGCGGUGAUGGGUCAGUCAUCGUGUACUGCACCAGUUGUGCCAAACGCUAAGCCGAAAAAUGAGCUGGCAGCAUCCUAUCCCACUGGAAGCUUUAUCGGAUAUGUAUGUGACAGCGGCUAUGAGUUUGUAGACACCCAUUAUGCGCUGUGUGAAGAUGGAACUUGGAAUCUGCCCGUUUGUAAACAUGUAAAAUCCUGUCUUGCCCCAAGUGUGCCGAACGGCCAGCCUGCAAAUGCGUUAAAAACGUUGUACGGUCCUGGAGAAACUCUUCGAUUUGUAUGCGACAGCGGUUAUGAAUUUGAAGGAACACGUUACGCGGUGUGUGACGAUGGAUCUUGGAGGCUGCCGGCGUGUAAAGUUCUAGAUGCGGCGUGCGCUGCCCCACACGUGCCAAACGCCAAACCUGAAAACGAGUUAGCAGCGUCCUAUCCUGCAGGAAGCACUGUAAGAUUUGGAUGUGACGGCGGCUACGAGAUUGAAGGAACACGAUAUGCGCUUUGUGAAGAUGGAACUUGGAGGCUGCCGGUGUGUAAGCGUCGAGAUGAAACGGUGUGUUCUGCCCCACGCGUGCCAAACGCCCGACCUGCAGUAGAUUUAACAUCGUUCUAUGCUACUGGACGCACUGUUAGAUUUGUAUGUGACAGCGGCUAUGAGUUUGAAGGAACAGAUACUGCGUGGUGUGAAGAUGGAAUUUGGAGGCUGCCAGUGUGUAAAGUCAGAAAUUGUGGAACUCAACCCCUUAUUGAAAAUGGAGACAUUACCGAGCUACCAGAUGGAAAUGAAUUAAAAGCACAGUGUAAGAAACUUUAUAAACUAACAGGACCUGGAACAAUAAGAUGUGUUAACGGGAAAUGGACGGAGCUCCCGGUGUGUAAACCGCCGUGUAAACUGGAUAGGACAAAAAUUCUUCAUACUUAUCAUCCUGAUGAAUAUCUGCAGGAGGGUGAAAGGAAGAGAUUUUACUGUAGUAACCGUUAUCAAAUAGAUAUCAGCUGCACUAAAGGAACAACAUUCUAUGGUGAAUGUAAGUGCAUCCUGUGUUUUAUCGAGACAAAAGCAAUAACGGCGUUUCUCUACUUACAGAUUCAUUUAUCUUUAUUUUCCGCACAGUUAUUACAUAAUGAAUAAAACACACAGCACACAGCACUUUACCAGCUUCAGAUUUUUUUUAUCCAUUUAUUAUAGUCACCAUGAAUGUUGUGUGACCUCUUAUCAAACAAGUUAGUUCUGUUCUCGCUUACAUUCUAGUAACUAUAAACGCGCUGUUCCCUCACCGGCCGCUCUUCGUCCUCUCUUUUAACGUGACUACGCCGACACUGGAGACUCCUUCCAGAGAACUUCACCAUAUCAACGACUACAUACAUUCCAUACAUACAUAAUCUGUCAGUGCACAGUAUAGAAACAUUAACGUAUUAGAAUUUGUAGCUGCGCUAGUGUCAGAGCCGCUCUUCUAGAAAUGUAUUCCACCCUAACCUUCUGACCAAUCAGGAUCCAGGAUUCAACAGCGCUGUGGUGAAAGAAUGCAGUAAUAUUAGGACCUGUGAUCGUUAUUAUGCUCAGUUGCUUUAAUGAGGUUUAUUUGAGCAGUUUUGAACAAAAUGGAGGAUGAGGAUGUGUAGUUGAACGUUUUGGGGAUUUUAUUGAGAC